UUUGUACUCCACGCUUUUACACAGAGAGAGAGAGAGAGAGAGAGAGAGAGGUGAAGAGAUUUUUGGUGAGGGGAGCUACAGAGGAGCUUGUAAUGGCGGCGACGGCGAGGAACGCACUGCUAAAGUAUUUGAGAGUGCAAGUGGAGGCUGUGCCACGAAACCCUAGCACCACUUCUAGUUCAGUCUUCCUCAACUCAUUCAAUGCUCUACGGCGCCAUUUCUCGACGGAGGAGGUCAGGGGCUCCUUCCUUGAUAAGUCUGAGGUUACCGAACGUGUCAUCACGGUCGUCAAGAACUUCCAGAAAGUCGAUCCUUCCAAGGUUACACCAAAUGCCAAUUUUCAGAGUGAUCUUGGGUUAGACAGUUUAGAUUCUGUGGAAGUUGUGAUGGCUCUUGAAGAGGAAUUUGGCUUCGAGAUUCCAGAUAAUGAAGCAGACAAGAUCAACUCCAUUAGUCUCGCUGUUGAUUUCAUUGCUUCUCACCCUCAGGCAAAGUGAAGAGAAUCAUGAAGCCUCGUUCUUGAACUUCUCCUUGUUUCUUCUAAGGAAUUAGCUGCCGGUAGAAUUACUGAACAAUCCCCUUUUUCUUUUUCUUGCCGUCUUUCCCCCUUUUCAUAAAUGGUUGGUUCAUGGACACUCCUCUGAAACCUUGUUUAAAGAGUGAUAUUUUUUGUGUAUCCAAACUUCUAUUCUGCUUUUCCAGUUUUUGGAGACUAUAAUGAUUAUGAGUACAAACUGCGGUAAUGCAAAUAUUUUGUUGCUAGAAUGAAGCUAUUUACUUGUAAUAAUGUCAAUCUUCAAAGAUUUCUGAUA